AUGGGACAAAAAAUACGAAUGCUUAUAAUCGGCAAACCACCAUUCGAUGACGUCGUCGGUGUGAUUAUGCUGGUAUUGAAUCCAGAAAUGAAUUCACCUAUGCAUGUGCACUGCUACCGCUGUGAUAGCUCUCAGACGGCUCAGAUCAUGAAUGCAAACCUUCAGAUACUGAUCUCACGACCGGAAGUACAACGCUCUAUACAAGACUUGGAGCAACGUCUUUUCCUGGCAGGACUGCUCAUACCGAGGCCACUUCCACGGUCGACUUCUCAGCCAAAAGCUCGAGCAGCCUCGGACGAUUUCGAACAUCCAGUAGCUCGAUCAAGAACGAGGAUCUUUCCCGAAGAGGACACUUCCAAGACGUUUCAGAAGGGGAAUCCGAGAAUGCCACGACAAGUUGUUGACGAGCUCAAGACCAAACUUAGCACCAAUGAUUUACGAGCCAUGCGAAACUCCAUUCAGUCGAUAAAUCUCCGGAGUGAAUCAUCAUCGUUAGCUAGUCGACCACCACCACUACGACCGUACCGUCUUUUUGGGGACACCCUAUUGAAAGAGGGGAAGUCUAGGAGUUUGGAUAAUCUCGCUGACACGUUCGUAUCCACAGAUCUUCGAGGUGGAACUCAUCGACCUAUGCAUCGAUUCUCACGUCCGGAAUUGUCGGAUCCAUUUGGUUCUGUUCACGAGGAACACCCGAAGGUUGACGGAUUCUGGAAGCCAUCAGUUCGACGAAUGUCCAGCAUCCGUAUGAACCUCUAA